GAUCUUGUUUGAAAAGUCUGUUUUCUUAGUUUCGCGCAAGGCUACUCUAUGGCAAUCUUCGCUAGCCGUCCCUACUUCUGAAGAGAUAGACUAGAGAGAAUACAACUAAUGAACACCAACCACUGUUAACACUGUGGGUACUUUUUUUUUUAUCGACGAAUAGUUGGAUUAACUGCGUAAUAAUAAUGUCCCCACUGCUGUAAGGGCGAGCACAUUCGGUGAUGAGAAUCGAACCGUUGACCCAAAGAUUACAAGUCGAGUGUCUUAAUCACCAGGGCAUGCCAGACCUUAUACUUUAUCUAAGACAUAUUUUUAAUCCAAUUUAAGUUAAUUUAACUUAUAAAAUUCAUGUGGUCCUAAACAUUUAUCUUAUUAUGAUGAUCAUUUCAGGUGCACUGCCGAAACUUCAACUACUCCACGCUGGACCGUCACAGAAGUACGAAAGAACGAAAAUUGCAAGUGGCGGCCUCACGCGGAUUGAAAGAAGCAAGAAUUUAUUUCCACCUUUGCGGAAAAAAUGAAGCAAAACAGUAAAAGAGACAUGACUGUGGGAGAAAGUUCACCAAUACCACUGAAGCCGACACUGGCUAGAGCACUGUCUGCUAGAAGUCGUCACCAACGGCCGCUUCAUCAACGAAGAUGUCAGACUGACCAAGUCUUGGGCGCUCUGUGGAAGAUGGCUGAGCCACAGUACAGCGUGUGGAGUUCUGCAACGACGGAAAACGAUUCGGAAGUUGAAGAAGUGGACGCUCUUUUAACGCCUUAUGAUAAAGCACAGAGUGAACAGAAUAGAGAUUCUACACGAAUAAAUGAUUCUAACAGACUACCAAGUACUUCUUCACUGGGUGAUGAGGACAUUUCUUCCGACCCUAAACAAAAAAGCUUCUCUUCAAUCACGGACGCGGUAUUUAGCGGUAAACCUGUCUUAAUUCGGUCCCCAUCUCUCAGAUGGCUUAAACAAGGUAAUAGAGCUCGAAUCGAAAACAGGGCCAACAGGGAGGUGCAUUCUGACAAAACGCAGAGAAUCAUGGGUAAUUCGGAACCUGCUUCAAAACCACCAGAUGGUGACUCAUUUGCCUCUCAUAAAAUAAAAGUUGUUGGAACAGGAAUAGUGCCGUCCACAAAAUCACUAAUCACCAAGCCCUCUCCACUACGAAGAAGAGUAAACGCUUGGAACAUCGCUCCCUCUCUGACCCCUGAGCUGAAAAACGUUUACACCCAAUACAAAGACAGAGAAUUCGUACCCACAGAAAACUCCAGAGAUGUCAAAACAUCCCCUACUGAUGAGUAUGAAGAUGAUUUCGAGGCCAUUUCAUCCGAGAGUGAAAACAACGAUCACCUAAUUAUACCUACAGCAAGUGUCACACGAAACAAACAGUUUAAACGACAACAGCAAGUUUUUAAAGAAAAACGUCGAGUAAAGGAAAGGGAUCGACAGAUGCAGAAACAACACUUGGAGAAAAAACAAGAAGAUGAAAGGGAGAGACAUCGUCAAAAGAGAGAGUCUUCAAAGAAGAGAGAACAAGAUGAAGAUACUUCUAUUCUUAGAAGAACUCGUAUCGAAUUAGAUAAUGAAAACAAAAGUUAUUCAAAUACAGAUAAUUUCUUAUUACUUGAAGCCACUUCUGCCAUUGCCUUGUCACCGAGUUCAAAGUCGACAUCUCGAUUACGAAAGAAAAUUUCUCCAGAAAGAGUGUCAUCUUCUCAGAGCUUGCCAGGCAAGACAAAGAAAAAUAGUCCUGUUACUUCUGCCACCAUUAGUGAGAGAGGAAGUAUUGAAAAUUCUGGUUCUUUUUCCAAUCCAUGUGAUUCCCUUACGAAUGCAUUGAAGACGAUUACCAGCGAGGACUGGUUACAAAAGGUGAAUGCUAUGAAUGAAUUCAACAGAUUAGCUGCUUAUCAGCCCCAACUCUUGCAAGCAGAAUUACAUUCUGUUGUGUUGGUUCUGCUAUCGGAAAUUCGAAAUCUCCGGUCCAGUGUUUCCCGGGCGGCAAUCAACACGUUUGGAAUACUUUUUCAAAAAUGUCCGCGCCACAUGGAGGCAGACUUAGAUCUCAUUACCAAAACGCUCCUCCACAAAUCAGGAGAAAAUGCCGGUUUUAUUCGGGAAGACAUAGGGAAGACAUUGAAGCAUCUGGUGGAUGGAGUGUCACUGCAGAAAGCAGCUUUGGCCAUUGUGGAUGGUGGAGCUAGCCAUAGAAAUGCUGCUGUUCGGGGAACAACUGCAGAAUUCCUGUCAAUGACAGUGGAAAAACUGGGACCAUCGAGAUGUAUGACAGGCUGUAAAGACGUGGCUGAAAAGGUCAUAUCGGCCACUGCCCAGUUUGUAAUGGAUAGGUCACCGUUAGCUAGGUUCUACGGAAGAACAAUCUUUAGUAUGCUGAUGGAACAUCCGGACUUUGAUAGAAUUUUACAGAAGAAUCUAAGCACAAGUACUAUCCGUCACAUCAGAAAUGUAUUGGAUUCCAUAAAAAAGAAGGGUGUUGGCAAAAGGCCUGAAGAAGGUAUCUCGUUCAAAUCAACUAAAUCAGAUUUCUCGAUAAAUCGUUCAGUCAGAGCUAAGAAGCUAACUUAAAUCAUGACAAUGCAUCCUGUUUCUAAUAGGGUUAACCAGAAAAAAUAUAGCCUUUGGAUCUGAUUUUUACUGGAGAAUGGGUUUCUUGUUAUUCUUUGUCUCGCUGUAUUUGUACGAAAAGUGAGUCUAUUAAACUGGAAAGUUAACAUAUGGGAUUGUAGCGACAUCU